AUGGCUGCUCAUCCUGCUGUUCAAAGUGUACUUAUGAUUAUGGUCAAUCAAAACUUAAGUCUGUUUUAUAACUAUGAUCUUUUAGGUGAACUCAUCAAUGCACGGUACAGACGCGGUAGAACUAAUUAUAGAGAAACAGGUUUUCGUUUGUUCGCCGAAGUUUUUGAAGAUAAAUACACAAAGGUAUUGAGUGGUCAAUAUAUGCAGCGACAAAAACCUAGCAUUAUCAGAAAAGCAUCCGAAGUUUAUUGGCGUAACAUGCCACAAAUCGAACGCCAACGAUAUAGCGAGUACGCCAGUGACUUAAAUGCUGAAAAUUCGAAGAGAAGGUUUCGACCUUCUAAUUUCUCUAUUAAUAUGGAACAAUUUGUACUGACUCUAUUCGAUGGGGCUUCGAGCAUUUCUGAUCAACAUGAAUCGAAUCGGAAAGAAGAUGAGAUCAAUCAGCAACAAAACUUCUGA